CCUACCUUGUCGCCCUCCGUCCCCCCAGCCGGCCCGCGCUGAAACUUUGGGGAAAGGGCCCUGGCAUCGCCUGUUCAGCUCAGCGCGUCCUCCCUUCCCCACGAGCCAGCCGGCUGGGACUGCCGUGCUGUUCGGGAUUUGGAAAAGGGGGCGUGGAUUGAGACGCGAAGGAGGGGAUCGUUCUCUCCCAAGGCAGACAGUAGGCGCUCAGAUGGCAGACGAUCAGGGCUGUGGCCGGGAGCAGGCAGCUGGGGACUCAGCAAGCGGAGAUGCAAUUGACGCUAAGCCAGACCGGUCUUCCUUUGUGCCAUCGCUGUUCAGUAAGAAGAAGAAAAAUGGCUCGGGGAGAUCCAUCACAACCACCAAGGACCGAGUGCCUACCUAUCAGUAUAACAUGAAUUUUGAGAAGGUGGGAAAAUGCAUCAUAAUAAACAACAAGAACUUUGACAAAAAGACAGGCAUGGGCGUCCGAAACGGAACAGACAAAGAUGCUGAGGCUCUUUUCAAGUGCUUCAGAAACCUGGGUUUUGACGUAGUCGUCUACAAUGACUGCUCUUGUGCCAAAAUGCAAGAUCUGCUGAAACAAGCGUCUGAAGAGGACCACGGAAAUUCAGCAUGUUUCGCCUGCAUCUUACUAAGCCACGGAGAAGAAAAUUUAAUUUAUGGAACAGAUGGUGUGACGGCCAUAAAGGACUUGACAGCCCAUUUUAGGGGGGAUAGAUGCAAAACCCUUCUAGAGAAACCCAAACUCUUCUUCAUUCAGGCUUGCCGGGGGACAGAGCUCGAUGACGGGGUCCAGGCUGACUCGGGGCCUAUCAAUGACACAGACGCCAAUCCUCGAUACAAGAUCCCCGUGGAAGCCGACUUUCUCUUCGCCUAUUCUACGGUCCCAGGCUAUUACUCAUGGAGGAACCCAGGCAGCGGGUCAUGGUUCGUGCAGGCCCUGUGCUCCGUCCUGAAUGAGCAUGGCAAGAGCCUGGAGAUCCUGCAUCUCCUCACCAGGGUGAACAACAGGGUGGCCAGGCACUUUGAGUCCCAGUCUGAUGACCCCCACUUCCACGAGAAGAAACAGAUCCCAUGUGUGGUCUCUAUGCUCACCAAGGAACUCUACUUCUGAAAAUAACCAUUCCAGGGAUGCGUUCUAGCUGAAGGCGAUGGAUCAUUCAUUCAUGAAUCUUUUUUUUUUUUUAAUGCUCUUGAAAUACUCAGAAAUUCUAAAGGAUUUUAAUUUCAGGAACAUUUGUUGAUUCAACAGGAAAGAAACUUUUCUGGUGCUGUCUUAUGUUCUUAUGUUUCGGGAGACUUUUUUAAACAAUGUUAUCCAUUUGAUGACUGUAAUUUCUUCUUAAGACUGAUUUUCUGUUUGUAUUUUUCUCCUUGUUGUCUCAUUUAGUACAUACAACAAAAACAACCUCUGCAGAUGACUCUCGGCUGUGCCCACCAUGACCAGUGGUGACACAGCAGACAGUCCUAUUUGCACCUGGCAAAGGACGUUCCAGUGCUUGAGAAAAAGCAGUGUAUGUUCACCUGUAUUGCAGAAAGUGGGUAUUGAGUAUGAUUUGAGUGAUUUUUUUCCUUGACUUAGGGAAGAUUCCCAUGUAAAAAUUCACAAAAAAAGUUAAAGGAGAGGGGAAAAAGUUAAUCUAAUAAGAAUCAGACAGAAAACAGAAACCAUUCGAGGUAUUUCAAUAGAGGGGAUUUAAUAGAGGAUAUUGACUUACAAAGAUGAUCAAAAAGAAGGCAAAUAAAAGAAAUCUGUUAUCACCUAUGGCUAUGAAAAGCUGUGGUUACCUUAAUCCAGAAGACCACAGGAACUGGCCACUUGGUCAUGGUGGGGGCUGCCUGGUGCAAGCUGGGACCACCAUGGCAAAGACAAAUCCCCUGUCUGAGAUGAGAUAAUACCAGCCGAGUCAGAUGUGGAGAAAUACCCCCGCUUCAUCUCUCCUGCCCUGAGUCUCCCCCUGGCACCUUACCCUCCCAACCUUACCUGGAAGCCAGCUGACAAGGCCCUGGGAAAUGUGAUUUCCUGCAAUACAGAGCACAGAAGAGCCUAGUGAGGCAGGCAGGAACAAGAAAUGGAUAUCAGAAUGGCCCUUAAUGUGAAUAUAAGUUAUCCUAUUCCCUGAUGUUCAGCGAUUCCUCCAUUCAGUUGUUUAUUAAUUGCGUUGUCUGAUAAUCUACAUGUUGCCCACUCUGUGCAAAAUAAUCUUUUUUUUAGCUUAAACAUAUACCUGGAACUUGUUCAAUUAUUCCAAGCCUUAUUCUGAGUAAAUUUUCCGUUACCUCUAAUUCUGUAUGUGGGCAAAGAUUUUUGCACUUUGUUUUCAAGGUUACUUUUUGAAUUCUUGAUAAGUUACUAUUUUAUUCUGCCUAAUAACUGGUUAACACACAGAUGUUAUAUUUAUUGAUUAAAACGUGGUUGCUUAAUUCCUAA